UACUUUUAGUUCUGUCAAAAUCUAUGGGACAAAUUUCUUCCUGCUCCUCAACCACCACUAUAAAUUUAUUUCUAACUUCCAGUUUAUUCAUGACUACAUUUUAAAAAAACUAUUUCUUCCUAUUUUACCCUUCAUUGUCUGAAAAUACUUUAACUUAAAAGUUAUCAUCGUACUCUACCAAAAUGUGUUCUAUAUUUUAUUCAAGUUGUCAUUCCUAGGUAGGUAUGUGUUUUUGUAUAGCCAUGUUAUAUUUCUGAAUUAGGGAAAAACGUAAGAAGUGUUUUAAAUACCAAAUAAGUGUUUCCUAUUAUUAUGCUAUCAAGAAUUUAACAAGUUCCAGUCAAAAUGAUGAUGUCCAAUCCAACUGAGAAUUGGGAUCCUUCAUUAACUAGGUUAUUAACGUCGUUAAAAGAAGUCCAGUCAGAUGGCGAAGAUGUCGCAUUUUUAAGUGAAUUACUGCAGUCAAAACAGUUGCACGCUCUAGUCCAAGUUCAUAAUAAAAUAGUAGCGAAAGGAAGGGAUGACAAAUUUUAUCCUUUGUUAUCUAAUGCUAUGCAAGUGACACUAGAAGUGUUGGAAAUGUUUGGUGAGCUUAAAACAGUCUCUAAGGAGUUCCAAGAGCUUCUGAGUCUGCUUCAGAAACCUCACUUUCAGGCCAUACUGUGUACUCAUGAUGCGGUGGCCCAAAAAGAUUACUAUCCACAUUUGCCUGACAUCCCAGUCGAUGCUGAUGAAGAUGAGGAGACGGUGAAGAUAGUUCAACUAGUCAAAAGUGAUGAGCCUUUGGGUGGAGCUCAGAGUGCCGAGCCAAUUGUGGGUGCGACAAUAAAAACGGACGAGGAGACAGGUAAAAUAGUGAUCGCUCGCGUGAUGCACGGCGGGGCGGCGGAUCGAUCCGGCCUCAUACACGCGGGCGACGAGGUCAUCGAAGUGAACGGCAUAAGUGUGGAGAACAAAACGCCGGCGGAUGUGCUCGACAUACUGCAAAGUUCGGAAGGGACAAUAACGUUCAAAUUGGUGCCAUCAUUCGGCAAGGGAGGAAGUCGUGAGUCGAAAGUGAGAGUUCGAGCUUUAUUCAACUAUAACUCUGAUGAAGAUCCAUAUAUUCCUUGCAAAGAGGCUGGCCUUAAUUUUAAGAAGGGAGAUAUAUUGCAUAUUGUAUCACAGGAUGAUGCGUAUUGGUGGCAAGCCCGACGAGAAGGAGAUAGGGUUAUGAGAGCCGGUUUGAUACCUUCACGGGCUUUACAAGAAGGAAGGAUUAUUCAUGAGAGACAAAGUGAUCCACAGACUUUGGACGGCAAGCCAGCCCUCUGUUCACCGACCAAUGCGAACUCAGACUGCAGUCCAAAAACGCCGUGUUCGCCCACAGCAAACGCCACUGCCUUAUUGCCUUGCAAAUCUACGCCAAAAGUGAAGAAAAUCAUCUACGAUAUUAAAGAAAACGAUGAUUUCGACCGUGAAAUGAUACCAACGUACGAAGAAGUGGCCAGAUUGUAUCCAAGACCAGGUUUCGUGAGACCAAUAGUACUAGUUGGUGCGCCCGGGGUUGGUCGGAAUGAAUUGAGGAGGCGGUUGAUCGCUACUGACCCAGAGAAAUACGUGACGCCCAUACCAUAUACAUCCCGGUCGCAGAAGUCCAGUGAACAGAAUGGGAAGGAGUACGUCUUUGUCACGCGGGAGAAGAUGGAGCAAGACAUUUCCGAAGGGAAAUUUAUAGAGCAUGGGGAAUAUAAAGGGAAUCUGUACGGGACUUCUGCGGAGAGUGUGGAAACUAUCAUUAAUUCUGGGCGCGUAUGCGUGCUAAGUCCUCAUUGGCAAGCGCUUAAGAUGCUGCGCACGCCACGCCUUCGUCCAUAUAUAGUGUUCGUUAAACCACCCCCGUUCGAACGCCUCGUGGAUACCAGGACUGCGGCCAACGCGCGGUCCACCUUCGAUAAGGAGAGCUCUAGGGCUUUUACGGAAGAGGAAUUCCACGACAUAGUUCGUUCGUCCACUCGCAUCAACUUCUUGUACGGCUAUAUGUUCGACGAAGAGAUCGUCAAUGAGGAUUUAGCAGGCGCCCUGUCUCAACUUCUGAAAGCGUCCUGGCGCGUGCAGUCCGAGCCGCUCUGGGUCCCCGCCUCCUGGGUGCAAUAGUUGGUAUACGUCACACGGUCAGACUUAGCGAAUUUACAAUGCUUUCGAUAUAUUUUUGCCGCAUAUAUUAUUGUUAAUUAGUUCCCUCGCAGUAUCGGAUAGCCAAUGACGAGAAACGUACAGGGUUCGCGAAUUUAGUACGGUAACGGUCGGUACGGGUAGGGGUACGGGGAGGGGGAGGGGUAUGGGUGCGCCGCCGGCCGCGUGAUCGAGUCGGGAACAUGGACGCGCUGCGGCGGCGCUACGGGCUGGUUCACACGGGCCGGCCCACGCGCCGACAGUGCGUGUGGAUCAGCCUUAAACGAACGAUUUGAAUACAAUGCUCUAUUUUAUACUUCACUCUUGUUCAUAUGAUGGUACAGAAACAGUAAAUUUUUCGAAAAUUAUGCUUAGUAAUUAACAUUGCACAUUAUUAUUUGGGAUGUAACGCCGAUUUAAGUUAGAUUUUUAUUAUGAAGUUGCCAACUUUAAUUUUACGAAUUGUUCAACGUCUUUAUGGGGACAAAAUUUGGGUUACAUUUGGGCUUAAUGACGGGAUGGAUUCGUGCGUUUGCGGUCGCAUUGGCUAUCUAAAUGCUGGUUUAUGCAAUAAGUAACAACAUAGACAAUACCGCUGAAACCAAUCGCCAUACCACUUGCGAGAACACCGCUUCAGUUAAUUUAUUUAGUUUAUAUUUACCAUCUAGUCAUAGUGUUUCUUCCUACUGGAAUUGCUCAAAUAGGCUAACACUCUGGCAAAUGGUAUGACGAUGCUUAUUUGGUUAUAUUUGACAAUACAAAGAGCGUUCGCUACGACUAGCGUGUCGCUCCUCCACCCGCUUGGUUUGACCAAGCCGUAUGUCGUGCAAAUUGGAAAAUCAAUUUGCUCGCGUGGCUGAUGAAUGCCUUAUACCAAAUAAUGUACUUACAACUUUCCAAAGACAAUGAUCUCGAUUUCGUUUAACGUUAUUAUCUUAAUUUAUUAUAUUUAUUGUAUAUUUACGGGUUUAUUAUAUUGAAAUGUUUUAUUAUCUCUUAAAUUCUAAACGUUUUUUUCAACGGACUGCUACUCAUUCGGCUUAUUUGUACCUUUUCUUGAUGACUUUAGAUUUCGUCAUUUGGUUACAGUUUUGAUCUCGUUUGUUCAGGUUCCCGUUCGUUUGUUAGUUUUAGUAUCAAGUUCCAAAUAAUUGUUUCACCAAUUUAUUCCUUCGUCAAUGUUUCUUUCACAUUGUCCCCCAAAUGUCAAUACGGUAUGAACACCUACCGUUGUUAACAUCUUAUUGUUUAAUCCCUAAAACUUUUCACUUACUCUUAAUAAUAUAGUCAUAAUAAUAUUGGAUUUUUUCUUCAUAUAAUAAUCGGUAAUUUUUAAUAAUCGUAGUUAUGUGUGUUUAGUGUAUUACGUAGUAUUUAGUAGGUUAAGGAUAUUUACUCACCAUAACAUAUACUCAAUAUUCUCUAGUUAUGUAGUUAAUUACAUUAGCACCAGCAACAUGUUUCUUAGUAUAAGUGUGUAGAAAUGUGUUGAUGGUUAAUAUUAAUAUAACAAUUACGUGUAACUUAAUUGCACCAUUCGAUAGGCUUAACCGAUAAAAGUAAAUGUUUAAGUACACGCGAUUUACUCGGUUUUUCUGGUUUUGGUUUUAAACAAUUGUUGGGUUAAUUUUUUCGGCCAUUUGUUUUGUGAUCGGCGAAGUACGCGGCUAAAGCGAUAAUUGAUGGACUAACCCCGAGCUGCACGGGUGCGUUAGGGUUUUGUGAAAGUUUUGCAAGGUUAUCGUCGUUCACUUUCUGCGCACUUAUUCAUUUACAGUUCAAUAAAAUUCUUUGACAAAAUUUGAUUAAUUAUCGGUUAUUUCUUGCACAUCAACUUAUGCGUGUACUUAAAAACGUAGUUAAUAUAAUAUGGGGUGACGUAGGAUACUGUCGUUCUAACUGGCCGUAUGCCGAUGUCGUUUUACAAAUUAUAUCUUCACGGAUAUGAGAGACGUUCAAUAUAAUAGUAGUUAUUUAGAUUGUAAGGCCGUAGUCAUAAUCUUAGGUAGGUACCAUAGUUACCUGCGUAACAUUAUGUAAUAACUCUAUUAUAUAGUUCUCUCGGUACUGUAUGUUCUGGGAAAGUUGUUAUUCUUUACCAUCGACUCGUUGAAUGGAAAUAAGACGGUUCUGUGUAUUAUUUUGUUGUUGUCUAUGUUAAUAGAUGACGUAUAAAAUUUUAUUCGAGUUGAGAUAAUAGGAAAUAUAACAACAACUUAUAGCCCUUGCCGUUGCAGUUCUUCGUAUUUCAACAACAUAACUCUCAGUUAAAGUUGUUGUAUAAAUUCGUUUUGUGGUCUUAUCAUUUUAAUUUUGUACCAGCGUUGUCCGCGUCAGUCUACAUAAAAAAAAAAACAAAAACACACAUUUUCCACAAAUUUUGUAAGAACAAAUGCGCUGAAAGGGACUUACGCAGUUUCUCCUGUGGGAAAAUUUGAAGCUAUUUUCUUCAGUUGUAAUGAUUAUUAUUGUUACUACAUACUUUGUCUUUAAACUAAUAUUCGUCAAAGACGCUCGCGCUAAUCUCUAAUGCAUAUUCACUAUCGGAAGCGAUGCGGAAAAGAGAUGGAAAGUGUCGCCAUUUUGUAAAAGGUUUUAAGUACUGUGAGCCGUACUUUUAACACUUAUUACAUACACCGUAGGACUUACCAGUGCCUUGUUCCAGAAGUCUGAUUUUAUAGUAGAAAAUUUUAUAGGAGUAAGUGACUAGGAUCCGGGGGUGGGCCGGGCGGCGGUUACGUGUGUUCGCCAUUCGCUUGAUGACAGUUUUAUGGUGGAAGUGGGGUCACAAGUAGUCUGUGACUGUCACUUCACAACGAAAGAUCGUUAGCAGGAUAAUGGCGAAGACACGUCGCGGUCUCUCGGGCGUGGAGGGCAAAAAGACCGGAGCCGGAUCACUUAUUUCUAUAUUUUCUCCUACUAUCCCUUUCGGCAGGGAUGGGCUGGCAACCUCGGGUUCUUUUCGGUUCUAAUCUAUACUAAUAUUAUAAAGCUGAAGAGUUUGUUUGUUUGUUUGAACGCACUAAUCUCAGGAACUACUGGUCCGAUUUGAAAAAUCUUUUGGUGUUAGAAAGCCCAUUUAUCGAGGAAGGUUAUAUAACAUUACGCUAUUAUUGGUGCGUCUGAAUAAAUAAAUAAAUAAAUAAAUUGCGCUAAGACCAACAGGAGCGGAGCCACGCGGGUGAAACCGCGGAUCGCAGCUGUUCUAUAAUUUUAUGCGUAUACUUGUUUCGACGUUCAUUUGGUUGAAUUUUGAUGUUCAUUUGAUUAUAAUAUUUUAAACUGAUUAGUGGUUGGGUUUGUUGCGUAAUUAAAGGAUCAUUAUUUAAUAUCGGACAUAUGAUUUUUUAAGGGGUUGUCGGUUCAUUACUGGUUUAUCGCUACGUUAAUGCAGUACAGACAUAAUUCUAUAAACACUAUCCAUCUUUUUCCUACUUUGGCAAACUAAUGGAAAUUUCUUUGAUCUCAUUGUUGUUACCGUCUUUAUUUACCAUUUGAAGGAUUGGGGAACGAGUGGUUGAUUAUUUUUUAAACGGUCACGUGAUCGUGAUAGAUUUAUAACUACUAUAAUCGAUAUAGGCAUGUCAUAAUUAUAAUUCAAUAUUGUCGUUUUAAUUCUAUUUUGAUUUCUAUAUGUGAAGUCUAAAUAUUUCGUAUUUAUUAUUAUCUAUAGGCAUAGUUAGGUAUUUAUUAUUUAAGGUUAAGGAUGACUACAUAACUUCAGAAAUCGUAGAAUGUGUAAAUGUUUAUAAUAAUUCAUAUAGGAGUGAUUUUUCCUCUUCUUGUUUCCGUUUGCAAACGUUUAAACUCAAAUAAUCGACACAUCUAUAAUUACUUAUAAUACUCUUAUAAUAGACGACUACAAAACUUCAGACGUAGUUUAAGUAUCAUCUAUCUAUUAUAUUUCAUACUAAUUUGUAUUUACUCAUAUUUAACUACUAUAUUAGUAUCACUCUCUAUGUUAUUCGUAUUUAUUGUUAUUUAUUAAAUUUAAUUAUUUAUAUAUUUCUCUAAAAACUAUUGAAUAUUUUGUGUAUCUAUGCAAUAAAAUAUAAGUGUUACCUAUCGAUCUUUCUCUUCCUCAUAAUAAAAUAAUUCGCGCGGAAUAGUAACCAAACGCGAUAUAGUUGUAGGUUUUUAGUGAAUAGGCAUUAGAUAGUAAGAAAAAAAAACAAAAAAAUAAAAAAAAAAUAUUCAGGGUUCGAAAAUAUCCGAUAUUUUUUAUGAAUAUCGUAUGUUUAUGAUAUAUAGCCGAUAUGAUAUCUCAAGUUUGAUAUUUAUCAAUUUUGCUGGAAAUCCAUAUUAUGAUUUUAUUAACUACUGCGUGUGUUACUCAUUCAUACGACUUAUUUAGGUACUUAAAAUCAUAACUUCAUUUACAAAAAAAAAAAAAACGUUAAAACAUAUUUUUUAUAAAAAAAAAUUUCUUUAAUUUUUAAAUAAGUUUUGUAUUGAAAAAACAUUGGAUAUAUGUCACCAAUUGAUAUCUAUCGGAUGUAUAUCUUGAUAUAUAUCCACGGAUGUAUGUCCUCGAACCUUGAUCUAAUCGAUCGUUCUCUUCCUGAAAACAAAAAAUGUAAUCGCGGGGACUAACGUCCCGUCGCGAUUUAGUCGUAAUAUAUUAGUAACUAAGGUCCCUUAUAGUUUCGACCGACUUCAAAAAAAGGAGGAGGUUCUCAAUGCCACUGAUGAUUAUUCUUUUUUAUUUGGAAGCCGGUGCGUCUCGUUUAGUCCCAUUUCAAUUUAGUCUCGGUUUGACAAUUUAAUGGUUUAGUUUUUUUUAAAUAAUUAUUGGUAACUGUUUUCCUUAUUACGCAACUAAUUUAUCGUUCUCCUCCCCAUACUAUGAGGUAAUCUCACAUUUGGACGAAUGUUCGAGCGCGGUACAGUCGUAGUUUAUAAUUUAGUAGGGCUCCAUUAUAUUUUGUUCUUUAUUAUGUAAACUUAUUGAUCAUUUCAUUCAGCAAAUGCGCGGACUAAGGUCUGAAUAUUGUUAGUCGUAUGUAAUUAGUUAGUAGGUACUUAUGACGUAGUAAAAAAAAAAUAAAAUAAAAAAAAAAAUCAGGGUUCGAAAAUAUCCGAUAUUUUUUAAGAAUAUCGUAUGUUUAUGAUAUAUAGCCGAUAUGAUAUCUCAAGUUUGAUAUAUUUAAAUUUUACAGGAAAACCAUAUUUUACUUUAUUUAUUUUUGAAUACUUUUUGCAUAUGUGUUACAUAAACAUGCUAAGAUUAUCAAAAACAAUACAUAAAACUUUUUUAAUGUUUUAUUGAUUUAGGUCUUUAAAAUCAAAUCAUAAAGAUCUUCUUUAAGAUUUUUGAGUCAUUCAAAUAAUUUUGUAUUGAAAAACCAUUGGAAUAUCAUCAAACUCAGCUUGAUCAAUAUUUAUCGGAUGUAUAUCUUGAUAUAUGUCGAUUGAUGUAUGUCCUCGGACCCUGAACCCAACCGAUCAUUCUCUUCCUAAAACUAUAAAUCAAUCGCGGGGACUAACGUCCCGUCGCGGUUUAGUCGUAAUUGUAUAAGUGAGUAGGCUUUAUUAUGUGUUUCGUUCAGUUCCUCCAUAUGAAUUCCCAAAAGACAAUAACCUGCAAAAAUAGUCGCUAUUUUGAAAUUAAUUUUGUUUUUUAUAAUCCAGGCAAAUUGAAACACGGUCAUAGUCCUUAAUAUUUGUUCUAUUUAUGAGCCAAUAUCCUUAGGCCGCGUUUCCAUCUGCAAGUAAACUUCUGCGAGAACUGUCCGACGCGACAGUCUGUCUGACAGCAACUUGCACUUCUACUUGCAGGUGGAAACGCGGAAUUAAACGUGCAAGUUGCUGUCAGACAGACUGUCGGACAGUUCUCGCCAAGUUCUCGCAGAAGUUUACUUGCAGAUGGAAACGCGGCCUUAUGCCAUUAUUGUAUAUGGCAUUUAUAGUUUAAGAUUGUCACAUUUUCGCUCCGCUACUCACAACCUAAUCAACGUGGCAAAUGUGCAUGCACAAUUAUUUUGUGCAAACCGGCUUGAGCACUAGGCCCCGGUGAUAUUGCAAGUUUGUGCAUGCAUGUUUGUCUUUAUUAGUAGUUUUUAAUAUUAAGAAUAUUUAACCAGCAGCUCUUUAUGUACUCAUUAUAACAUAAGCGUCUAGGUGUUAAGGUGGCCAUUCGAUUAGGGCCUUAUAAGUUAAGAUACUCCGCGACCGGAAUGUUAGUUUAAUGUUGUCUCAACACGUGUGGUAUAAAGGAUGGAAUUGUAUUUACGUAGUUAACGUUCAGUAGUUAUUGAUUCGUUAGCAUUGCGCACGGAUUGCAGUUUCACUGGUGAUAUAGCUUAAAAUUUACGUUAUCGAAGAAUUGAUGCACAAAGAUGGUUGAGGCGCGACCGUCGACCACUUUGAUACAUUUUAAUUUAGUACUUACCAGCUUCCGCGUAUACAUACUGCAUCUAUUUUUUCUUUAUCAGGGUUGUCUGAUCCCAUUUUGUUUUGUGAUAAAGGACUGUUCUUCCAAAAAUUAUUCCAAACUUCUUUAAUUGAACUUGAAGCUCUAUUCUCUUGCCCAACUCAACAAAUUAUUACAUUUCACCAUUCUAUCAAUGUGGCUACAAAAAUAAUUUAUUUAUCUUAAACUUUCAAUCCUUCAGUGAUUAUCUCCCUUCUAGGGACACCCUGAGACACCUUCUUACUACUGCCGGACAAACUGAGAUUUUCUAUGUUUCAAUUCUUAAAAAUCAAUACUAAAAAUGAAGUAUAUCCGUAAUCCGCAAUUAUUAUAAUUGUUGUAGAUGUAAGGCAAUCUAUAGUAGGAAAGAUAUUUAUUAUCAUUCUUUUUGUAUUUCGUUCAUUUCAUUCGUUAUUGAUUGAAUCGCUGCUAAAUAAUACAUCAUUAACACAACUGCUGUAACAAUUUCGACUUUCGGAAUUUGAUUCGGUUGCUUUACAAAUUAUUUUAUUCAAUUUCAUGAUAUCAAUCAGUUUAAAUUGUGAAUAUUUCGAGUCCAUUUCUUUCGAUAAAAUCAACAUUUUUCAAUUGAAGAAAUCUUCUUAAUUAUAAAAGUUAAUUGUAAGCUAGGUAAUAAGUCAUGUUGAUCGGUCACUAGUUGUACAUAACUACAUAGAGAUAAAAGGGCAACCUGAUAACAUGUAAAGUAGACACGCGAAGACCGCGCCACCGAGAUGGCGCGUGACGCGUUUAUUUCCCGUAGCUUUUCUGUUAUUACUUUUUCAUUUCCCUCUGGGACGAUUAUUAUAAAGCCAAUUGAUGUGCUAUCUCGCUAAUUAAAUAUAAGUGUUCGUUGAUGUUGAGGUGUUUAUGACUUAUGAGUAGGUAAAAUGGAUAUAGCUCCAGCUUAUAGCUGUCGAUGCGAUGAUUGUCCUUAGCUGUAGUGACUAACGAAGAAAAUGAGUAGAUUUUUUACUAGAUGUUGUAUUGAGUGCAACGUAAGGAUUCUUCUCUAGUUAAGGCUAUUUCUUGCUAAGGUUCUCUUUAACGUGUUUGUGUUCUUAACCUCUAAUUUUGUCCCCCAGUGAUGGUUUGAGGGGGAAAAUUCAUGCUCCAGCACUUUUGCUGUUGUAGCAUUUUUUGUACUUAAUUUAAUUUGGUAUUUAUUAUUGUUGUUAAAAUAGGUUUUCUUCAAUUUAAUGAUUUCUUAAAAGUGAUUGAUUUCCUAUCUUUAUCCCCCAGUGAUGGUUUGAGGGGGAUAAUUCAUGCUCCAGCACUUUUUGCUGUUGUAGCAUUUUUCAGUUUUUAAAUUUCGUUUUUAAAUUGGGUUUGUCUUUUACAUUUCUUUUAUCUCUUCUCGUAGAGUAAUUAUACAACUUGUAACAUUUGAACAAGAUUCCUAAAGGGCGUAUCUGUAAUCUUAUCGACACACCGGAGGGUUCACGUUAUUGUUCUCGUUGUAUAUUUGUCGCGGGUAAUUUGGAUGAUUGUGCCGUUUACAUACGGCGUUGUCAGCUAACAACGUUCGCAGUUAUGUAAUUUGCUGGGGAUUUCCCAAACUUCCAAAGGCAGCAGGAUGCAAGUCAAGGAGCAUUUCUGUGUAGGUUCCACCAGAUUUUCCUACUUCCAGGUUUGACCAACAAAACCAAUAGAACCAUAAUACAUAACUGCGAGCUGUUUUUAAACCGACAAAUGUUACCGCAUCAUCAUAUAGAUUGUCUGCGACAUACUUAUGUAGGCUACGUCUUCUUCUCAGCGUAUAUCUUUCUGCCGGGUAUUUUAGAAUAGGUUUCAUUUUUCUUGGAUGUUUGAUUAGUUUAAUGAUCUAUGUCGAUAUAUUUUAUUGAAUCCUGGUAUUUUUUGGUUUGUUUAUAUCAUUGAUAUUCAUUAUUAUGAUUCUUUAAGCCAAUCCGAUGCUUCUAUUAUUUUUAUCCCCCAGUGAUGGUUUGAGGGGGAAAAUUCAUGCUCCAGCACUUUUUGGCUGUUGUAGCAUUUUCAGUUCUUAAUUUAAUUUAGUAUUUAUUAUUGUCGUUUAAAUAGGUUUUCUUCAAUUGAAUGAUUUCUUAAAAGUGUUUGAUUUUCUUUCUUUAUCCCCCAGUGAUGGUUUGAGGGGGAAAAUUCAUGCUCCAGCACUUUUUGGCUGUUGUAGCAUUUUCAGUUCUUAAUUUAAUUUGGUAUUUAUUAUUGUCGUUAAAAAUAGGUUUUCUUCAAUUGAGUGAUUUCUUAAAAGUGUUUGAUUUUCUUUCUUUAUCCCCCAGUGAUGGUUUGAGGGGGAAAAUUCAUGCUCCAGCACUUUUUUGCUGUUGUAGCAUUUUUUAUUUCUUGUAUUUUUUUUUGUUGGGAUGAGUUCAUCUGAUUUGGAAGUUGAUACAGUAAAUUUACUUAUUCCUUAAUUUUUUCCAUUUUCAUCCAACAUCUAACAGUACUGUUUUAAGUGAUGUUAGCAAGCAGGUUGUUUGUAUUGACUUUUGUAUCUGUGAAGGGUCUCUACUUCCUACUUCCAUGUUUUAUUUUACCAAAAAUAUAAAUAGGCGAUAUCAUAUCUUCCAUAUAAUAUCGACGAUAAAAGAAAUUACCCCUUCCAUUGUUAUAUUACUACUUUACGUUGUUGCACUAUCUUUUACCCGUUAAAUACACGUCAGCACUCAUCGAGCACUUCGUCCUCUUGCAAAUUUUACUUACAUUUCUUAAAUGCAACACCAUUUUGUUGUGUUCAAUCAAUGUUCACAAAGUAUCCCCAAUAAAACCGUCAGGAUCGAAUCUUCCCUAUACUUUAAACCUUUGAACAUCGGUUCUCAUUUCUCUUGUUUACAUAAACUUAAUGUGUCUUGUGUGCACUCAUGAAUCGUGCGAUAUGCCUGAGCGAGUGCUUUCAUCAGGUAUUUGCAAAUUUGUGUGUUCAUUCUUGUAUCUUAAGUUUAUGUGCACUGUUCACUUCAUGUCAUGUCGUGUUGAUUGUAAUUUUACCAACUACUUUUGCUGCAUUACCAUCUGCAUCAAGUUGAUUUUGCACUCCCAUCGUCUCAAUACGUUUGCAUUUAAAGGCUGCUCAUAUUUUAAAAUGCGGUUUUUUCAUUAUUCUAUAUUUAUUUUUCGACCCGAUGCUUCGACCACUUUACAGCGAACAUUGGGUAAAUAAUGGUUAAACGCGUUUUAUUAAGUCUUUAAUUUACAUAUGCAUUAAUCGAUUCAUUAUUCUUUCAUUUCACAUAUUCAUACAUUCGUUCAUUCAAAUUGCACCUAUUGUUGUUGAAGUUUAUCCAAAAAGUCUUACCUCGAAAACAUCUUCUUCCACUUGAUUUUUUUGUGUCAAGUAUACCUAUACUCGCCACUACAGUGAGAGUUUGAUGGAGGGUUCAUGCUCCGGAUUACUUCAACUGUUGUGGCAGUUUCGAUUAUAUUUUGUUAAAUAGUAUUUUUCUUCCAUGACAUAUUGCCUGCGAAAGGUCUUUGCUCUUAUGAUGUUUUGUGCGAUGGUUACUUCUGUCUCCCCUUCACAGAUUAUGCAACGUCUUACGUCUUCUAAACUUUGACUCAUUUCAGUAUUGUCUAGUAAUUUUUACAAUUUUGAUAUAUUAAAAUUAUGAUUCUCAUUGUUCUAAUUCUUAUACCAAUUCUUUUAGUAUAACUUUCGAGUUCGUAUUCAGUACAUAAGUGAGCGUAGUUUAAUUGAUAUAAAUAAACAAGUUAACGAACAUUAUUAUUUCAUAUGUAAUGUUUGUAUUGAUUUAUUUACGUAUAGCAGCCAGCAAAAAUCGGGCAUACCCGCGUAGUUUAAGGAAUAUAAGGCAUUUUUGUUUGUUAUCUUUUAAUUUUGCAAAACAUUAUUCCUUAAUAUGCUGAAUUAGAUUAAGUCGAAACUCGUGAAGAAAUAGUAACAGUUUCACUAGGAUAAGUUUAAUAUAACGAGUACUUCUAAAACGGAUAGUGUAAGGCUUUUUCGUGAGAGCGUUUAUUUUCGAUAGUAUAGGCUUUAGACAUUAUUUUUCAUUUGCUAUCGUGGUGCGUAGAUACCCACGAUUUGACCCCAAUUGAUGCAAUAAUCGGUAAUGAUGAAACUCGUCUUUGAACGAUAACAGUUUCAGUAGAAUAAGGAUAGUGAUUAGUGAUACAGAUUACGAAUAGUUGACCGGCUAUAUACAGGUGUAUGUUCUAAUGAUUAUUUCCAACAAUUGCAUAAUCAACGGAUGCAGAUAUGAAUUGCUGAAUCUAAUCAUUAGACAUCCACAUCAUAUGUGUGUGGUUGUGCAACUAUUCGGGCCAUCGAAAUUGGUCAUAUAUUAAUUCUAAGAUAAUUAUAAUUAGGAUAAGGGUUGUUGUCAUCUUAUAGCGAACUAGAAAGCUGUGUGCCAUGCCUCGGUAAUUAUUUAAUUUCAAUCAAAUACGUCUCUAAACGACAGUCAUUAUUUUUUAUUCACAAAAUAUUGGUGCGACGUAUUUCGUAUAUUUGUUUUGAUGGUGGUUAAGAUCCGUUUGGUGUGGGUUACGUAAUUUUGGUUAGAAUCGGAUUAAUGUUGUGGAUGUUGGUUAAUAUUUUUGAUUUACACAAAUUAAAACAAUAAUGGUUAUGCAGUUUGAUUCGAUCAAAAAAUAAAUAUAGUGAGUUAAUGAUUUAUUGGAUGAUUCUGUUCAUAUAACAACUUUAUCGUGACAAUAGAAACCGUCAGCUCUUGUCCGUAUAUAUUAAUUUCAUCAUAUUUAAAGUUUGUUCGUUGGUGAAACACGCAAUUACUUUUUAUUUAUUCUUCUUAGUUCAUCGCGGAUUAACUUUAUUUUUAAAAGAGGAUACGACGUUCCUCGUUUUUAAAUUGUAGGCUUAAGAGAAAACAAAAUACCUCCGUACCAGUUCAUUUUUAAAGGAAGCGGAUUUCCUCGUUAAUUUAUUUUCAAAUCGAUGUAGCAAUAGGGAUGCGACGAUACACAUAAAUUAGUUUUUAUUAGAAUUAAAUGUACAUAUGCGACGCGAUAACUUUAGUUCGGUAAAAUUAGCAGAUUUCUCGUGAUAUAGUAUAUUUUUUUACGCAGCGAUUCACUAAGCUAUGCCUUUUAUUCAAAUAAUUUUUUGGAAAAAGUGUUGGCGGGUAUACUAUUCUAAUUAAAUUAUUUGAAUAAAAGUUAUGCUGUACGUUUAAAUUUUAGAGGGAAGAGGAUGCGACGUUCCUCUUUCUGUAAGUAAGCGAUCGUUCCUCGCAAUUAUUAUUUAAAGGGUGUAAGGGUGGGAAUGUAACAUCUCGCUAUUUUUAUUUGGAUGAAAUCAAAGCGGGGAUGUCGUUAUUCCUCGUAUCGGUGGGUGGCAGUUAGGCGGCGCGGCGUGCCGAAUCUCACUAUUUUUGAUUUCAUCUAAAUAAAACCAACGCGGGGCUAUCUCUAUUACAGAAGAAACAGGAUGCGGAUUUCCCCUUUCUUUUUAAUACAGAUCUGGCUUCCUCGCAUUAGAAUUAGUAUGCCAAUGCAGCAAUCACUAAUAAACCGAUGUAACAUGCACUCACUAGAUAGAAAACCGAUGCAACAUUCACUCACUAGGCGAAACCGAUGCAACAAGCACUCACUAAGUAGAAAACCGAUGCAACAUUCACUCACUAAGAAGAAAACCGAUGCAUCAAGCACUCACUAGGUAGAAAACCGAUGCAACAGUCACUCACUAAGAAGAAAACCGAUGCAACAUUCACUCACUAAGAAGGAAACCGAUGCAACAAGCACUCACUAGGUAGAAAUCCGAUGCAACAGUCACUCACUAAGAAGAAAACCGAUGCAACAAGCACUCACUAGGAAACCGAUGCAACAUUCACUAUAGUCGAUAUACGCAGCUAAUUAGUUUCUAUCGGAUAAAUUUUUUCAGCGGUAUCCUUAUUAUUAAAGAGACAGGAUGCGGAUUUCCUCUUUCUUUUUUAUAUUAAGGAAAAUGUAUAAUAUUUAUUCGAAUGAAAUUAAUGCGGGGAUAUUUCUUGUUGUUCAAGAAUCGUAUGCGGUGGUCGACUUUCUUGAAGGAAUAAGAAAUCCUUCCCCACUUUUUUGCAAUAAUUUUUAUCUGGAGUACUUAAUUAUUAAAAAGAUUGGUUGCGAUAUCACUCUUUCUUUUUUAUAAUUAAGUAUCGUUCUCCUCGUGAUAAUAUUUCUAGGGAUAAAGGUUAAGUAACGAUUCCUUAAUUUUGCCUUAACUUAUGCGGUGUAUUGACUUUAUAGAAAAAGGAAGCGAGAUACCUUUUUCAUAAGUUUUUUUAUUAUUUUCAUGACGCUAGAGUAGAUUUAAUAAGUUUUUUUUUAAUGAUUUUCAUCGAGCUAGAGUAGACACGCGACGUUUCACCAAAAAACAAACAUUUAAAUAACACCAACUAUUUCUUUUUCGGUCAAAUACAUUGAUUUAUUUAAUUUUGAAUAUAAAUGAAUAUUUUUUCUUAAAUUUUAAUUUCGAAAACUCUAAAAAGAAGUAAGUCUCCCAGUUUUUUUAAUCGAAUCAAGUGUGUAUUUUGGUAUUUUGUUUCGAAAUUAUUAAUUGUAAUAACAUUGACUGUCGUUUGAGGUAUUCAAAUUCAAAGUAUUUUCAAAGAUAAUCAUAAUUUACUUAAGGGCAAAUUUCUCAAUCGGUAGACUUAUAACCGAGGAAUAAUGUCGAUAUUUUGAUAAUUUCUCUAUACAAAAUUAAUCGAAGGUAUUACAUGUUCCACGGCAUCGAUUGAAAGAUUGGUCCUUUAUAUUAUCUGACUUUAAAUCUUUUCGUUCCGUUUUUAAGGAAAAUUAUACUUAGUUUUUUAGCAAAGUUUAUUAAUAUGAUUAUGUUCUUUACAACUUCAAAGAUUUCUUAAGUUAUCGACAGGCAUGCCAAUUGAGAUCGUAACAGCUCUGGUGAUGGUUGAUAUCCGAAUGUGAAGUAGUUUUAUAGCGGUAUUUUUUAAUUUUAUAUUAUAAUAUUCAGUUUAUAUUGUAAUGAAUUGACAAAUUUGAUUCAUUACGAUAAUUUAAAAGAAGAGACAAUUCGAGUAUUAGCUAUAAUCUAGGGUAAGUUCCGCAAUCGUUCAGAUUCGCGAUGAUCGUUUUUGAGGUUUAAUUAAUAUCGGUAUAGUAUAAGUAUAAUUAAUUAGUAUGCAAGUGAUUUUAUGUCUACGUUUUCAUUGAACUGGCAGAUGAUAAACUUUUUACAAUUAAGGCGAAACGUUGUUAUAAAAUUAUUAUUCAGAGUAUAAGAUUAGUUGAUAUUCGUGCCAGUUCUGUGAAGAUACAUAAUACGCUGCUAUUUAUCAUCCGCGCUCUACACAUCGUGCCUUUGCUGACAGUGACGUCUUGGGCGAAAUCACAUUUUAGCGUAAUGCAUGAUAAGGUUAUAAUAUAUUAUAUUUAGAUGCCAUCAUAUAUGAACACGAUGCGUGCUUACAAUGUUAUCGCUCGUUCAGUAUAUCUCAUUGCUUCACCAUCGCGGGCUUGUCUCACUUAGUGUCUAACGAAUAGGCUAGAUCGAGUAAGAUAUAGCUCACAUUUAUGAAAUUCAAUAGUAGUUUUAGAUUUACGAUUGACAUUAUAAACGGUCAAUAUUAAUUUAAUAUCUUUUUAUAAGAAUAGCAUUAAAUUGCUGUGUGCGGUGCCGACACUCAUUACAAUAAGGACAAAAGUUAUAGACUCCAACUAUAAUGUUUUGUCUGAUUAUAAAUGUGUAUAGAUAUUUUUUUAUAAAGGGAAGAUAUUACCGGUUCAGAACGUAGUAAAAAAGCAGGAGAUUGUGUUAACGGAAGGCCAAGCAGGGGUAAACGGGCUAGGCAGUUGCGUAAAUGAUCAAUGGAACACCUUUGGGUUAAACAACCAACACUUACUGAUAUAUAUGCUGAGCAUUCCCGUAAGAAUCCGGUGUCAGCUGUAUUCGUUAGUUUUCUAGCUCUUCCAUUUAAGACCUUGGAGGGGUAGAAUUGCAUAGAAAAAUGAUGGUCAUUGACUCUUAAGAUCUUUCAUGUAACGCGAUGGUGCUGUGUAUACCGCCCUCGUACGAAACUCUAAUCACGUAUGAAGGAGAACAUCUCGGUCUACCUCCUCUUUUUGCGAGUCAAAGAACGCGCAGCAAAUAUAAAAUUGUAGUAGUGUCGCUCGCACACAUAAUUGAAAAUGUACAUUGAAAGUCAUCAGGUUCAUUAGAUUUUUAACUAGUCUAAAUUUGGAUUAUAACUCCAAUAUAUUAAUAUAAGUAUAUAUUGCAUAUUCAUAGAUAUAGCUAUUUACGGUAUAAUCCAUUGCUCUUUACCUGAUAGAUUUAACUUUAUCCAUAUAAUUAUUGGAUAUUAAUUAAUAAGAACGAGGAAACAUUGCUAACUAUUCAAUAGCGUAGGUAUAUGAAGUGGCUACUUCGUUUAAUAUAAUAAGAUUUAUAAAAAAAUAUAAGUAUAUUACUCAUGCUACUGUUCUUAGUACACUGUAUAAUUGUAAGAAUUUGUGGUUUAUCUCAACAUCAUAUAUUAUUAUAAUGAACGUUUUGUAGUCGUCUACUACGAGUAUAAGGUAACAUUUAAAUUAUUAUAUCUUUUGUAGGUAUUGUGUAUCGUCAUUGACAUUAUGGACCCUUUAUAUGCAGCUUAAUUGUUAGGUGGACGUGUCACUAAGUUAUUUAAAUGUGUUUUUGGAUAACGAAAUUAUCAUUGGACGUUCAAUGACACUGUUACUUUCUUACAGUUUCAUUGGGAACUCUUUUCUGUAAUAAUACUAUGACAUGAAGCAGGAGCAAUGUGGUUUGUGAGCUGUACUAAUAUUUUUUUGGUGUCACAUACAAAUUUUUGACGUUUAGCAACAUCGCUUCGUGAGUUCACCCUUGCGGUUGCGUUGCUUUACGUGGUAGAGCCAAGCCUUCGCACCUCUUCAGGGCCGGCUCGUCCGGGGAAGUACCACGACCCCACAGAUACCGAAAUGGGCAAGAGUGUCAUUUCUUCGUGUCACUCUUGUCCAAAAUGGUGUGGGAGAUCCGGGGGCCCGAUUUUCCUUUUUUGUUUCCCUCUAUCUCUGUGGUUAGCUCUUCCUCUUCACGCAGUUUUUAAUUUGACUUCAAUUUCCAUUUCCUCUAUCGCGUAUUUCCCCCACUUUAAAUCUCUCGUCUUCCUUCACGAUUAUGUCAGUGUCUUCGCACUUAUUUCCAUUAUUAUUUACUGUGAUCAUCUGCACUUUUUUAAUGUCUUCAAUUUUAAUUGUUACACUUGUAUAAUCUCACCUAUGCACUCGUUCUAUUUCGAUUUCCUAUGAAUUUCAGUAUUGACGUUGCACAGUUCUGUACUUUAUUUCAAUAUUUUCAAUUUACCUUACCUCUCCCCUACAUGAAUUUCAAACUUGCUCAUCUCCCUCCCAGGACAGGGAUUUCAGUAACUCACUUCGACGUCGUACUAAUUUUAUUGCACUUUUUUUAAUGAACUUGAGCUUCAUCGUCCUACAAUCCCUUAUUUAUUGAUGUUUAUAAUUCCUUGUCACCUUCCGGCACCUAUUUCUCACACUUCCCCUCCGUUGCACUUUAUGCACAAUUUCCGACACACCCUUUCGUACUUGUUCAAUUCUUCGAAAGUUUCUCUUUCCGUUUCAUUUUAUAAAUUGCUGGUUUGCUGUUGUAAACUGUUUCUAUGAACUUGGUACAGAGAUGUACUGUAAUUAUCCGACUUCAAAUUUACUGCAUUUGAUAUGUAUAUGUUUUUCCCACUAAGGGAUAUUUCUACGGUCUAUCUCUUUGCACUUGUGAUUUUAUUCUCCUUUCCCUCCUUUUCUUCCCUUUCUCCUUCACCACACCUACCUCUCACUAAAUUCUAAAAUUUCCCUAACCCUAAUCUUGUUCCCUGUGCACUUCCCUGUAUAACUUCCCUGUAUUCUUUAUUGUAAUAUAUUUUGUAUUAUUUUAGAGAAUAAUAAUUUAGUGUUUGUUUAUUGUAACAUUUAGUUAUUUUUUUCGCUGCGUAUGUAGAAGAGUUCCGUUAAUGAUUAUGUUCAUUAUGAAUUUCUACAUAACAUCGUUAACGGUUUUAUCAUUUAGCUGGUUACCGUAAUUUUUGUUGAUACUGCACAAAACUCGUCUUUCCACUAAAUUCCACGUCUUUAAUAAAAAAAUGCUUACCUUGAUAUAUCUUUCACUGUCACUUUACGAACACUCAUGCUCCUGCCGGUUUUCGUCUUUCCCUCACAGUGGGUCGACUCGGUGGAUUGAUAAUAUCGUCUUAAUCUGAUGGGCUCUCUUCGCAACCGAGAGCGUUGGUCCAACAAAUGAUCGUCAAUGUUUACCACCUAUAAUAAUGUUUACCACCUAUACUAUAGCGAUUACCUCUACUCGCCCAACUCUGCCCCUUGUGAAGAGGGCCCGUAAAGUUACUUGCACGUUUGCAAUCAGGGAAAGAUCUGGGCACCCAUUUCCCUUCUCUUCUGUCGUCCACACCUUCGUUUUUCAAGUUACAAUUUCGCUAUCCAAAAAUACUCACUUGUCUAACAUUUAGAAUAAUUUGGUGUAUAAUAAUUAUCGUGUACUCAGUGAUAGAUUAUUUAAUGUUACUCUUUAUUCAUAUUAAUUCUAUUUUUCUUAGCUCAUUAAUUGCUACCAAAGUCUUGAUUAUUUCGUUACGUAUAGAAUAUUUUUACUGUGUAUAGAGAAAAACUAUUAUUUAAAUCUAUUAAACCCGUUCGGGACCUUUAACUGUAGAUAUAUUUUGGGAGUUAUGAUUAAGAAUUUUACUUAGCAGUAGAAACAUUAUUUUCGAUUGAUCUACGUAGAUUAUUUUCUUCUGCUAACUGGUAUAUUUUGUCUUAAUUCAGUAUAAUAGAUACUCAUCUAUAUUACCCUAAAAGUUUGCUUGACUUCGUUAUUGCAAUUUGUCUAAAAGACGUUAUUUUGCACAAAUCUUCUAUAAAUCUAUAUCUAGGACUCAAUUGCGACCUUUACUUGCUCAUCUGUUUCACGUCGGGCCUAAUACUCAAAAUCUAUCGGCUUAUUGGAGUUCUCUUUAUUUCUUUCAAUGUAGGGGUGAAACAUAAUUACGCGUGUAGUUUCCUAAGGAUAAUAGAUAAAGCAACGCCUAAAGAACAGGUUUAUCGUUAUCUUAGUAGGGAUCGUGGAUGCACAUCUGAUUAGUGUCGAGACAGACCCUGAAGUUGACUUUCGAAUCUUUUCUCUGUUCUGAUCACGUAUUAUCAGACCUUCAGAUUCCUGACUCUCUUCGCUAUGUAAGCUAUUCUGGUCUAACUAAUAGCUAUCAUUUGUGGUUUCUUUCGUUAGUAUUAUGUGAUCUCAAUGAUUUAUUUAUUUAUUCACAGCUAUUGUGUUAUAAUUUAAGUAAAUGUAUUUGAUGUUGUCAUUGUUUAAAAUUAUUAAUUGUACGUUAUAAUGUUUCAAAUUGUAUUUUAGUGUAAGAAUCUAUGUGUAUUAUAAGUGUAAUUAUUGUAUUUGAUUUAUAUUCAAGAUGUGUUUUAUUUAAUGUAAAUCUUUGGAAACCGGCAACAUUCCUGUAUUAUCAAUUGUGCUAUUGUAAUUUCUGCUCGGGAUUUUGAACUUUUGUCCCGUCUUACUUGUGAUUCUAUGUCAUCUUCUGCUUCAAAGACUAAAAAAAAAAUUCUAAAGCUAAUUCAUGUUGUAAACUAUAAACCUUUAUUGUAAUUCUCUUUCCUACGUAUUUCUUGUAUUAAUUUGUUUCGGUUGCGAAAAACACUGAAUAUAUGACUUGUCUAUAAUCCAAAAUUCUUCAAAAGUUCAAUAUCCGCUGCCUAAAAUGACCUAUUUACUGUACUGUACUAUCAAUAAAAAUACAAAAAAUA